AUGUCGAUUUUUCAUCGGUCCUGCAAGACGCCUGGUCAAUCGCCGACUGCAACUGAGAACACAGCGAAGUCUGUGCGGAGUUCGCUCAUAUGGCGGAUCAAAACAGAAUAUCAUCAAGAUGUUUCAUACAUUCACGCAUAUGAGGACCCAGAUCCUGUAAGAGUGGAGCCUGCAGACAUGGCGAAUCGUAAUACUUUCUCAUUUAAAAAUAAGAUUCCUAGCAUGGAUCGCGAUGUCUCCUCGAUCCAACAGCAACAAUUCUCAAGGGUGAACUCAUUGAACCAUCGACAAGUGACUGCUGCAGUGGAAUGA